AUGAGCCUCGAGGACGACCCGACAUUGCCAGUAAUCGAGCGGAAAGACCUCGGCAACUUCAUCUCACUGGGUAUCACUGGCUUUGUAUAUCUGAUGAAUGAGCAUCAAGUGGCGAAGCUAGCAAAAAAGUUUGAAGACUGUGCAUAUUCGGACAAUGCAAGCCUCAAUGACAUCCAGAUUGAACGAGAAGUCUACAAACGCCUGGGCUCCCAUCCUCGCAUUUGUAAAUUCAUCUCUUCGAUUAAUAGGGGUAUCGUUCUUGAGCGCCUCGGUGUACAGCUUCGGCGGCGUCUCUAUGAUUUGCGGGGCCAAGGAGAACGACCUUCAUACGCCCAAUCUCUACUUUGGUCAUGUCAGGUCACAGAAGGUGUGGCGCAUGUCCACCGAAAGGGCGUUGUGCAAGGAGAUCUUGGCUGCCACAACAUCCUCCUGGACAAGGAUGACAAUCUCAAGUUGACCGACUUUGCUGGCUCAGCUUAUGAUGGAAAUCGACCUAUUGUUGGCCCGGAGCGAAGGUCACGGACUGAACCAUUUCACUAUGCAACUGUCGAGACAGAAAUCUUUGCAUUGGGGUCUGUCAUUUAUGAAAUUUGGACAACAAAUGCACCAUACAGAGAUGAAACGGACGAGGUAGUGGAAGAGAGAUUCAAAAAUAAACAAUACGCAGACGUCAACCAUCUCCCCGUCGGCAACAUCAUCCGUGGAUGUUGGCAUGGCACUUAUGCCACCGCAGAUGAUGUGCUAGCUGAUCUGGAGUCUCUUCCCAAGGCUGAACCACACAAACAGAGCGCAGAUAUUCUCGAUACCCUCGGCAGAAGCCAAAGAGCCUUGAUCCUCCUUGCGUCGACCAUGGCAGCGAGUUAUUUCUUGAUGAGAUGGCUGCGAUCGCAAUGA